AUGUCUGCCGAAAAACGUCCCGCAGAGGACGACCCCAGCUCGUCACAAAUGCUUGUCAAGAGGCAGAAUGUUAGCACGUCAGAGGGUGCUCUGGCGCGCCUGAAUGCGUCCAGCAAUGCAUUGGUUCAAGCGAAUGCACGAACAAGCGCACUGCAAGCGCCGGUGAUGGAGCUGUCGGGGCACACGGGGGAGGUUUUCACAGCCAAAUUUGAUCCGACGGGCAACUUGAUCGCAUCGGGAUCCAUGGACAGAAGUAUAAUGCUCUGGAGGACGUAUGGCGACUGCGAGAACUACGGUCUAUUAAACGGGCACAAGGGCGCCAUUCUCGACCUCCAGUGGUCGCGGGACUCGGAAAUAUUGUACACUGCAUCGGCGGACAUGCACCUUGCCAGCUGGGACCUGACAUCGGGCACGAGAAUACGCAGAUACGUCGGGCACGAGGAAAUCGUCAACGCUGUAGAUAUCACCCGACGCGGCGAGGACCUGAUCAUUAGCGGCAGCGACGAUUCCACCAUUGGCAUCUGGGACCCGCGCAGUAAACACGCCAUCGACUAUAUCCAGACCGACUUCCCCGUCACAGCGGUGGCCAUGUCUUCUGCCGGAAAUGAGAUCUUCGCGGGCGGCAUUGACAAUGACAUUCGCGUGUGGGACCUGCGCAAGAAGUCGGUUGUGUAUUCUUUGCUGGGGCACUCGGACUCCAUCAUGUCGCUCAAAGUGUCGCCCGAUUCGCAAUCCCUGGUCUCGUACGCCAUGGACUCGACGGUCAGGACAUGGGAUAUUCGUCCGUUUGCACCUACGGAGAGACAUAUCCGCACAUUUGACGGCGCGAAUGCCGGCGUGGAGAAGAACCUGAUGGGCGUGAGCUGGGACGCCGACGGCAAGAAGAUUGCCGCGGCGUCGGCGGAUGGAACUGUGGUGGUGUGGUCGAGUCAGAAUGGCAAGUUGUUGUACAAGUUGCCUGGGCAUAAGGGGACCGUCAACUCUGCCGAGUUUACGCCAGGAAAGGAGCCGAUAUUGCUCUCCGCCUCAUCGGAUAGGACCAUGCUUUUGGGAGAGUUGAAAUGA